AUGUCAUCGGUCAGGCUUGUUUCCAUGUGCAUUGUUGUGCUCUGUGUGAGCUGUACACGUCCUGACACUCAGUCUGUUCCAAAGACAAAGGUGACCCCGACUGUUGUGAACGACACCAUUAUUUGGACCAGCGGCCUUGAGGGAGAGAUCCACACCUACAGGACGCCCUCUAUCUUCGUCACGCCGAAUGGCACCCUCCUGGCCCUGUCUGGCGCAAGGAAGUAUAGCUCGAGUGACGCUGGCAGAAAAUUUCUGGCAAUCAGAAGAUCUGAAGACAAAGGGAAAACUUGGCUACCGACUUCCCUCGUGCUGGACGACGGUUACGAAACGGGUGUUCUCAAUAUCGGUACGGUAUUUGCUGAUUCCGACUCCAACACGCUGUUUGUGAUGUUUGUUUACUGUCGGUUCAAAUGUGAGGUUCCGGAUCUACUGCUGAUCAACAGCACGGAUGACGGGGUCACCUGGGGUCAACCCAGGAAUAUAAACCCGCGAACAAACGGAACCAGGACUUUUCAUCCCUCCCCUGGAUACGCCAUUCGUAAACGCCAGGAACCACACAGAGGUCGGUUCGUCGUCUGUACGCAUGGACGAAGUCAGGACAAACCCAGAGGCAUCACCUUGUUGCUAAGCGACGACGGAGCUAAAACAUGGCGGGAAGGGGGCUUCCUUCCCACCAUGCCCUGCGGGAAAGAUCCGAAGAACAAGAACUUCUCGCCAGGAGAAUGCCAGCCCGUGGAACUAUCUGAUGGCUCUCUACUCGUCAUGAUCAGGAACAGAGUGAGAUGUUCCUGCCACUGUAAGGCCUUCGCACGGAGCUAUGACGGAGGGCAGACCUUACCUAACAACACCUUGUACUUCGACCAGACCCUGAUCGAACCGUCCUCACAGGCCGGGCUAGUGUACCACAGGGGUGUCCUGUUCUUCAGCGGGCCCAACAGCUCUGAUGAACGGGUAAAUAUGACCCUGAAGUGGAGCUAUGACAACGGAACGACCUGGGAAGGAGUUCUGCCCAUUUCGAACAAGAUGGCCGGAUAUUCAGUCCUGGCGGAGGAUCCCACAGACGACAAACACUUGUAUCUGAUCUACGAAAAGGGCGUGAAUAGUUCUGUGGACUUUGUAGCAGUCACAAAAAUUCAACUGCAAAACUAG